CUCAUCCUGCCUUCAUAUCACCACCAUGAGCGGCAUUCCUCAGGUCUCGCGGACGUCUCUGCAGCUCUACCGCGAUUGCUUGCGCUUGGCCAACCACAUCGGAGGCAAGACGAAGAAGGGUUAUGCGAUUCGAAGCAUGCUUCGCGCGGAAUUCCGAAAGUCAAUGAACGAGACGGAUGAGCUCAAGAUUGAAAACCUCAAAGCGAACGCCGUGCGUGGGUUGAGUAACUACCUAGUUUUGGCCAAUUCGAGCAAAGAUGGCAAACUCAAGCAAGCCAUCCGCACGACGGACGAGUCGUCUGCCAAGGACUCUGCUGCAAAUGCCGAGUGGAAAGAGCUGUAGAGUGUAAUAGAACCAACGUUUCAAAGUC